GCAAACUGUGACAUCAUUAUGCACACAACAUUAUAUUUCACUUUCUGUUCUGCAGUCGAAGGCUCCCCUGUAAAAACAUAUUUCUUUGUUUAUUUUCAAGUAAAUAAUUUGACUGAAAAUGUCUGGAAUUUGGAGUCUUGUCGACCAUAGUUAGGGACUGGGGCAUGAGAAACUUACUGAUACUUUUUAGAACUUGGUAAUCAGACUGAUAAAGAUAAUCGUACGACGACGCGGACACUUACUGGUUUACAGUGAUUUCAUCACUCAGUAUGGAUUUGCUAAGCGAGCAGGGAGGUAAGCUGACAAUGUCCGAUGAAUAUGAUAUUCAGCAAACAACAUACUUUUUUAUUCCAUUAGGAAACAAUGGCAUGUAAUGUCAUUAUUAUUAUGUUAUUAUUUAUAUAGCGCCAACAAAUUCCGCAGCGCUUUACAGUGGGUGCUCUUGUCCCUACGUAGUGAGCUGCAGCAACUCUGCACGGUACUGCCAAGUAGGACACCCCAUUGGGUGCAAAGUGUUGACACAUUCUGUUGGUUUCCAUAGGGAUUGCUCCUUAUUUAGUGUUUUUAUCCCAAGAUAUCACCUGGUUUUGCCUUGAUAAAUCUCCCUUCAGAUUAUUAUGGUGGCAUAAACUUUUAUUGGUCCAUAAGGGGUAAAUGACAAAGGGCUGUUCAAAAUAUUAUCGAAUGCAUCAAAAGCCUAAAAGGGAUUCACGAUUUGUUGUUGUUGUUUUGGUUAAAGGCUGGUGAUACGUUAACCUUGUGCAUGCCAAACACACAUUUUGUUGCAAAUAGUUUUAGUAUUUUAACUGAUUUCGUUUUUAUUGUUUUUGUUUUAUGCAGAGUUUAUUUGAAAAGAGAGAAUUCUGGUUUUGUAAAAGUAUUGCUUAACUCAUUGCAAACAGGAAACAGCUGCAUUUUGCUGUAAGGCGUCCGACAAGGAGGAAAAAAAGAAAAAGGUUAAUCUUCCUUUUGUUUCGAUUUAUUGUUUUUAUUUCCCAACAACGUUUUAAAGGGAACUGUCACUUCUCAGGAUGUCCUACAUUACAUUUAGUUAUUUCUGUAUUUCAUUUCAGUAUGGUACAUAUUUGUGAGGUGUAAAACAAAUGAAAUGACAUGUAGAAAUCAACACCUCUUUACCCUGCAACUGGGCUCCUCCAUCUUAGCUCUGUGCCAAGCCCAGUUAUUUACACCAGGCAUCAGCAUGGAGGAAGCACAACAAGAAGACGAGAAAUUAAACAAUGUUUCUAUUUCUUGUCUUCAUUUACAUUGUGUGCCCAGGCUGUGCCUUACAUUGUCAUUUGCUACAUCUUUAACCCUUUAAGGACACGGCUUCGGUUUGCCUGUUUUGUUCUUAAGGACACAAGUCAUUUUUGCUAUGUACACGUUCAACCGCAAAUUUAAUCUUUCUCAACACAUGUUGUAUACCGUUUUUUUUUAAAGAUAAAAAGGGAUUUAAUUUGGUGUGACAAAUGCAUAUAAAAAUUCAGAGUUUUGGCAACAAUGUGUGCGUAAUUAGUUCAGCUAAGGAAAAGUAUUUCUAAAAAUCAAUGUAUUUGGCAGACCUUACCUCCUGCUCCUGUGGCUGCGCGAUCAAGGUGGGAUUCAGCCGGUUCUCGCCGGUUCUCACCGGUUCGCACGAACCUGUUACUAAAAUGUAAUAAGUUCGCCAAACCGGUCGCUAGCAGGGCUGACUGAUGUGUCAACUCCCCGAUCCAUGGUAUCUUAUAUGGUGCCUUAUCAUGCCACCAUUGUUUUUAUCAGUUUAUGUCAACGUGUGUGCUAAAAGUUUGGAUGGGUUUUUUGUUGUUGCAUCUUUUACAUACUUCUUGCAUUUUUUGAACCUACUGUGUGCCAUUAUGAUUAAAUCCCCCAAACAAAGCUUAGAAAACUCUUCUGAAUAAAACAAUACCUCCAAUAAAUGCCUUUGCCACUAUCUUGUGAAAUUACAGAGCCAUAUGAGAGACCUGACCAUUACAGUGUUUACAGUUAAAGUGCCAGGAAAACAUACUCGUUUUCCUGGCACUAUAGUGCCCUGAGGGUGCCCCCACCCUCAGGGUCCCCCUCCCGCCGGGUUCUGGGGAGAGGAAGGGGUUAAACACUCACCUUUAUCCAGCGCUGGGCGGGGAACUCUCCUCCUCCUCUUCGGCUGAAUGCGCAUGCGCGGCAGGAGCCGCGCGCACAUUCAGCCAGUCUCAUAGGAAAGCAUUUACAAUGCUUUCCUAUGGACGCUGAUUUUCACAGUGAGAAUCAUGCAAGCGCCUCUAGCGGCUGUCAAUGAGACAGCCACUAGAGGCUUUAGAGGCUGGAUUAACCCAUUUAUAAACAUAGCAGUUUCUCUGAAACUGCUAUGUUUAUAAAAAAAUGGGUUAACCCUAGCUGGACCAGGCACCCAGACCACUUUAUUAAGCUGAAGUGGUCUGGGUGCCUAGAGUGGUCCUUUCAAAUUUUUAUGGGUCUGUUUCUCAUUUUGGAGUAUUUUAGCGGUUUGAAAUUUCAAAUUACCCCAUACAUGCAUACCAUUUGUGAAAGUGGUACCGUAUAUAUUGAGCCCUAUUAUACAGCCAUUUUUUUAACCAAUUUUUACAAUCUUUUAAAAAAAAUUUACAUGCACAUUGCAAUUUAGCCAUUUAUUUUGUAAACCUGAUGUGUGAAACCGUAAUAUAAAUCACUAAAUCAUUCUCCGCAAUAUCUCCUGAGUACAGAAUCCCCUUUGCAUUCCUAUGUCACAUGUGAAAAUACAGGGAUGAAAUAAUAACUAGCCCGUGCAGUUUUACACAAAAAAAUGGCAAAAUGAUCUGGGACUAUGGUGCAUUGGGGGAUUUUAGUGGCUCACAUAGAAUAAACAUGGAAGUUCAGCCACAGUAAUUUAAAGAGUUACACACCCUGAGCACUGAACACAGCUCAUUGGUCACCUGAGAGGGGAGCGACCGGUAUCAAGAUCCAAGGGGUUCCCCAGUAACCAAGUAACUGAGGUAACAGAAUAAUUCCAUCAUGCGCCCUGAUGGAUUAAUAUAAAUAAAAAAAAAAAUAAUAGAACAUCUUAUGAAAAAAAUAAAAUAAAAAGUUAACACAAGUUGUUGGUGAUUUGGUGAUUUUCAAUGUUUUAUCCAGUGGCGUAAAAUGUAGUUAUAGUUCGCCUUUUUGUAAAAUGAGACGUGCAAAUUUCCAUUCAUGAAAAUGGCUAAAAUGAAAAGAUUUCAGACAUUAAGUGAGUCCGUUUAAAGUAUGUUCUGCAUUUCUUUAAACUUUUAAAUGUAACUGUUGUUUCAUAGGAUUUUUAAUCCCCUGGAAUGCAAGCCUGUGUGAACAAGGUCCUCGGUGCCCUCCGUUCCUGUAUGUCCAAUGUGUUUUUUUUUUGUUUGUUUGUUUGCUUUUUAAUUAUUCUUUUUGCAAAUUUUACAUAUGUAACAUCACAGACAAAAACAGUUCAGAAUUAGACAUAGACUUUGAUUUACAAUGGAAGGAUAAAUUAACUGUUGAGUAAAAUUCACACACAAAAAACACAAAUAUCACAAUUUAAAAGGACUGAGGGGAUUAGGCGGGCCUAAACUAUAAUAAUUAAGUUACUUCAUAACUUUCCUGAAUACAGUACCGUAGGGAAGAACUAAAGUGAUCUUUAAUUAUAAGGAUAUUCAUAACAGAGAACGCAACACGGCAUAUACUUAUAUCAGAUUAUCUAACCAAGGUAACCAUUUCUCAUCAGUGGCUAUCAUAAUGAAAAGAUAUUCCCCUUUCCAUAUCGUGUUGGUAUUUAAGCUGAGUUAGCACUUGGAUCCAAGAUGGAGUCUUUUUCUGUAGCCAAUAUCUUGAUAUUUCUAUUUUUAUGGCCAUCAUAAGUUGGAUUAUUAGAUAUCUAUUUUGAGUUGAGAAUCUUCUUAAAUUAACAUGAAAAAGAGCAACCAUUGAGUUAUCUUCCAAAUCUUCUCCCACUAAAUCUGAUAUAACUCUAAAUGCUUUAUUCCAUAUGGUCUUGAAAGCUUACAUCCCCACCAGAUAUGUUUAGAGCUACCUUCAGCACAAGUACACCUCCAACAGAGUUUGGAAUUAUCAGGGUUGAUUCUAUUUAGAAUUUUUGGUACCCUACGCCAUUGAAGAAUUUUAUAAUGGAGCUCUAUGAUAGUUAAACAAUGCAACGAUUGUUUAACUUCUUUGAUCGAUCUAUACCACUGCUCUAACUCGAUUGUAGACCCACUUUCUUGUUCCCAGUUUCUCCAGGCUUUUGGUUUAGACUCUUUUUCCUCCUCUCUCAAUAUUUCAUACCAACUAGAUAUCGAUUUACGAUUAGUAUUAUUUUUAAAUAGAUCAUUUAAUUUUUUAUUUAUCCUAGUGUUGUCAUAAAGCAGAUGGUUAUCCAAAUAAUUUUUGAUUCUUAGGUAUGAGAAUAACUCUCUUGAAUGAAGGUCAAGACUUAAUUGAAGAUAUGAAAAAGACCUUAUUUUAUUAAAUUCUAAUAAUAAACCAAAUUUGAUCCAAUUACCUAAAUUUAGGUCAUUAAUAUUAUAUUCCAUUGUCUUAAUUGGACUAUACUUGGAAAUUUUACUUAAAAUGUGAUUUAUUUUCCUGUAUUUUACUCAAAUUUCAUAGAUAUCUUUUAUGUAUGAAGUUUCUAUGUUGGAGAUGAAUUUUUGCACUAGCCCCAACAUCAAUCCAUAACAUAUUAGAAAGAUCUUUUGAAUUACACAGAAAGGAUUAAAUUUUAUACCAAGGCUCUUCUAUUGUGGUUGGGCCCUGCCAUCUCCACAGAUGGUACAGCCUAGAGGCUUCAUAAUAUUUUAUAAGAUUUGGGACAGCCAGGCCACCCUUACUGGACUUUUUCAUUACAUGUAAGAUCGAGAUCCUUGACCUCUUAUAAUCCCAUAUGUAAUUCAGAAAUAAUUUAUGAAUCUGUCUAAGUUUAGUUAUUGUUAUAGAUAAAGGGAUCAUUCUGAACAGGUAUGACCAAUGAGGUAGAAUAUAUGAUUUGAUGAUAUUUAUUCUUCCCAACCAGGAAAUUCCUAUGUUUAUCCACUCUUUGAGUAAUUUAUUACUGUAUUAUAUAAGAUUAUCCACGUUUCAUCAAUCAUUUCUUUUAAGCUAUAAGAGAAAUGAAUCCCAAUAUAUUUAAAACCUUGCGAUGACCAAAUGAAGGGAUAUUUAACUGAUAAUCUAUUAAUUGUCAUAAAAUCUAAAUUGAUGGGCAUAACUUGGGAUUUACCAAUAUUGAAUUUAUAGUUUGAAACUCUACCAUAGUCUUCCAACUCCCGAAACAAGGCCCCUAGUGAUAUAUCCGGAUCAGACAAUGUUAAUAUUAUUUCAUCAGCAUAUAGGCUGAUCUUAAAUUCAGAAUGAUUCAGAAUAACUCCUUUAAUUUGAUAGUUGUUUCUUAUGCUCACUGCGAGCGGUUUAAGAGUCAAAAUAUAUAAAAGCGGGACCAGGAGACAUCCAAUGUGUUUUGUUUCAAAUAUUUGUUUGUCCGCCUAUUGUAUAGCUCUGCAGAAUGUGUUGGUGCUUUAUAAAUAACAAUAUAAAAUAGUUUACUUAUCUCUAUUUAACAAAUGUGCAUUUGUGAGGUGUCAAAAAUAAAAUUAAACGUAGAAAUACACACCUCUAUCCUGUAACUGGGCGCCUCCAUCUUAGCUCCCUGUCAAUCAUUGCUAUACGUUCUGUCAUUUGCACCUGGCAGGCAGCAUUGAGAGAGCAGACAGUGAAGAGGAGAAAUGAUACAAUGUUUUUAUUUCUCCUCUUCAUUUGCAUUGUGUGCCCUGGCUGUGCCUUGUCUGUACUGGAUUCUGAUGUCAUUUUCAAAUCUUUAUUAUAAAUUUGACAACAUUUUAUAUUAUAGAUAUAAUAACAAUUUAUUUUAUUUUAUUACAAUUUAUAGGUGAUUUUAAAUGGUGUAAAUUUCAAAGAAAUUACAAGUCCCCUUUAAGGACUAACUCAAUGAAUGAAAGGCUGCAUACAGCUUGUAACCUUAAAAUAACAGAGAAAACCUUGUUAGCAUAAGAUGUUUACUGACCGAUUGUGAUAAUAACAAAAUAUAGCACUUGAUCCUCGAGGGAGUAUAAUAAACUGGGAAGUUUUAAGGUUGUUUUAUCUAUUUUAUAUUAAUAACAUAUAAAGUAAAAUAUAUAGGAUACAAUGCAUCCAGUAAGGUAUGAAUCUUUAGAUUGUAGACUGGUUUGGGCAGAGUCCUCUUCCCAUAUGUCAUACACCUUGUAUUCAAAUGAAAUAUUUGUCUGGUUUUCCUAUUGUAAAGCGCUGCAGAAUAUGACAUGUUGGUGCUAUAUAAACGAUUGUAAGUAUGAGUCCCUGUUGAGGUCAUUGGAUCAUUGUUACAUAGGCUGAAAAGAGACAUGUGUCCAUCAAGUUCAGCCUUCCUCAUAUUAGUUUUUUGUUGUUGAUCCAAAAGAAGGCAAAAAAAACAAACAUUUUGCAGCACUUCUAAUUUUGCACAAACUAGGGGGAAAGAAAUUCCUUCUUGACCCCAGAAUGGCAGUCAGAUUUAUCCUUGGAUCAAGCAGUUAUUACCCUACAUUGAAAGAUUAUAUCCUUAAAUAUUCUGUUUUUGCAAGUAUGCAUCUAGCUGCUGAUUAAACAUCUGUAUGGACUCUGAUAAAACCACUUCUUCAGGCAGAGAAUUCCACAUCCUUAUUGUUCUUAUGGUAAAAAAAACCCUAUCCUUUGCCUUAGAUUAAAUCUUCUUUCUUCCAGUCUAAACGCAUGACCCUGUGUCCUAUGUAAAGUCUGGUUUGUGAAUAGAUUUCUUCAUAAUGGUUUGUAUUGGCCACAAAUAUAUUUGUAUAAUGUUAUCAUAUCCCCUCUGAGAUAACGUUUUUCUAAACUAAAGAGGUUUAAUUUUUUUAACCUUUCUUCAUAGCUGAAAUGUUCCAUUCCUUUUAUUAAUUUUGUAGCCUUCCUCUGCACUUUUUCUAGUGCCAUAAUAUCCUUCUUUAGAACAAGUGCCCAAAAUUGCACAGCUUAUUCAAGAUGUAGUCUUACAAGCGAUUUAUAAAGAGGCAAAAGUAUAUUCUCACUGUGGGAUCAAGUAAGGGAUAUAAAUACUACCAGACCUCUUUAUAAAUAAGUGCUCUGUUUUAAAGAAAUAUCAGACAAAAACAGUGCAUGUUUUAAUGAACAUUUUAUUCACCCAAUGUUUCAACCCCCACUGGGGUCUUUGUCAAAUCUGGGUUCCAAUCACAUACCACACAAUUUGAACACAUUGCUUAGUUACACAAAUGAAAAACUCCUCCCACAGGGAGGUAAAAGUAAUUAUAAAAUUGUGUGCCACAAUGUCCUCAAAAUCAGUGGGGGUCAUGGAUAAAACACGUCUAGAUGCUAUGCAAGUUUGCUUCAAAUGUUCCUGUCCGCAUCACUUUCCACAUGUAGAAAACCCUAUUGGUACCUUUAUACAUUUUUCCAGUGCAUGUUCCUCAGAAAUUACACUUAACUGGCUCAGAUAAUGAUUGGGGCAAAAAGGGGAUAAAAACCUGUUAACAGUUUAAAUGAUAUGCAUUCCUGAAGAAGUGAGUUUUCAAAGAUUUUGUGAAGGAGUGGAGACUGGGUGAAAGUCUAACAGCCAAGGGAAGGGAGUUCCACAGAAAAGGUGCAGCCCUUGAGAAGUCUUGGAGGCAAGCAUCAGAUGCGGGAGUACGGACAGAGGAUAGACGUAGGUCUUCAGCAAAGCGUAGGGGCCUUGACGGGACAUAUUUGUGUAUUAGGGAGGAUAGGUAGAUUGGAGCAGUAUUAUGUAGGGACUUGUAAGCAAGCACCAGAAUCUUAAAUUGAGCCCUAUAUCUAACUGGAAGCUAAUGUAGGGACUGACAGAGGGGGAGGCUUGAAAGGUGCAGCCGACAGGAAAAUGAGCCUUACUGCGCAUUCAUUAUAGAUUGCAGCGGUGCAAUCUGGGAACAUGUAAGACCACUGAGAAGGGGAUUGCAGUAGUCAAGGCGAGAAAGAACAACGGAAUGGACCAGCACCAUAGCCGCGUCUGGUGUUAAAUAAGGGCGGAUGCGAGCUACGUUUUUGAGAUAGAAGCGGCAGGAUUUGGCGAUUGACUGGACAUGAGGGGUGAAGGAGGUCAGAGUCAAAGAGAUCACCUAGGCACCUACAUCAAUGACAUUUAUAGAUAGACAGAAAUGGUACUGUUCACAAACAUUAUUUGUAUAAGAAAACAAACAAAAAAAACAUAGAGAAACUGUAAUUCAUCCAUGAAUCUUACAGACACAAAGAUCUUAGGGACAGGGAGAGAAAGGCCUCCAAGGACUCUUAAUGUACUCUGAAGUGAGAGAGGGACUUGUGAGAGUGCGUAUGGUCUGGAGAGGUACACCGAUGAAGUACUGUCUCUCAUGUGAUAGACAAAGAGACAGAGUGCCUUGGUCUCAGUGUAGUCUGGUGAGCUGCUUUAGAGAAAGACACCCAGCGAGAUCACCCACGACUCUGUGUAGAGUCUGGUGUGGUAUUUGAGAGCAAGCGAGAGUGAGAGAUAGAUAAUGAGAUGACCUGAGACUCAGUACAUGAUCUGGGAGAGGCACUCUAAAAACACAGAGACAGAGAGGCACAAAGAAAUGCAGGAAUUUGAGAGUAUGAGUUAUUGUAUGUUACUGUAUCAGCCUUAAUGAAUAGAGUGAGGAAAGGACAAUCUUCUCCGUUGGUUAGUGCUCCAGUGUAGCCUGGGAGAAUGAGCCUUGGGAUCAGCCGUAAGUGAUCUCCUCGCAGCCAAUGUGGUUUAAAUUAACCAUUCAUGAGGUUUAUCUCCUUCACCGUGACCCAAACAGAGAUUUUAUUUGGGCUUUUGCUGGGUACUGGGUUAAGGGAAUAAACUUGUUAUACAAACAUAUAUAUAUAUAUACAUUCUCUGAAAAAAACAUAACCUAAAAAUAAGGAACUAAAAACCAGAAAACAGCCUUAAAAGACCGGAGCCAUUUUCAGUUUUUUAGUUCCUUGUUUUUAAUGUUAAUAUUUUAUCUCAGAAUUUAUACUUUGGAAUUGUGUUGCUACAUUAUAAAUGCCGAACAGCCAUUCUAUCAACUCAUUCAGCGACAUUUGGAGAACAAACUGCUCGAGACACGUUUUAUGUAUGUAUACAAUGUGUGUGUGCACUAUGUGUACAUGUUGCCUAUAUCCAGGCCUACAUGAAAAAUGGUAAAACGGAGUGUCGGUAUUUUAAGCCUGUUUAAAGAUACACUCUGCUUUACAAACCGUAAUCUCAAGACUGACCUUCGAUAAAGAGUUUUGCAGUUACGGUGAAUGUCGUCAUGUGUUUAUUUAUUUUAAUUGUCCUUUAAAGUAUUUGCACUAUGUUUGUGUGUGUGGUUUUUUUUCUUGCUUGAUGGCACUGGAAACAAAAGCUUCAGGACAGAGUGAGACCCUGGAGAGCUGACGGUGAAAUUAAAUCAGCUUGUUUUCCAAGUCUGGCUGCUCAGCUAAAAAACCCACUUGCUCACGUUGCCUAAAAUAAUAAUAUUCAUUAUUACAUGCUCUAAGUUACGACUAACCUACUUACUGAUACAGACACUUGCGAGAAGUCUUCCUUUAGCAAAUGAGUUUAUUGUCCGCUAUAGUCAGUGUAAUAACACAGUAAUGACUAACCUUUUGGCAUGCCAAGUGUUAAUUAUGUGAAUUACAUUUCCAAUAAUGCUCAGCCUGAUAACUUUUUGAACAUCAUUAUUACUUUCACGGUUACGUUCAAUACUCUUAAAGGAUUAAUAACAAAAUAUUAAGCUAGAUUUAUGACUUUGCAUUAUGAGAGAUAACUGGUUGAAAUCUGUUUUUCUCUUAAAUCAGAUAUGUCUGUUUAACGAUAUUUCUUUUGUUUAAGAUUCCCCGGAGAGAAUCAUCAUGCAUUCUGCAAUGAAGAAUGGAACUGGACUAUUGGAGUAAGUCAGUUACUGAACAUAGAUUUGAAAGUAGCACAACAUGCAGCGCCAGAUUUCCCCCACAGGCAAGCAUUGAUUUAAUGCUUUCUUAUGGGGCCAAUCGAAUGGUCUCUAAUACCAUCUGAUAGAAAUAGCUGAGUUUUACUUGGCUAUUUCUGAGGAAGCGCGAAGUCAGAGUGACAGUCACUGGAGGCAUUUAAACCCUGCAUUGCAAUUCCUGCAGAACAACAAUGUUUUAUAUUGCAGGGUUACAGAGACAGGCACCUGGACCACGUCAUUGAGAUGCAGUGACCUGGUUCCCUACAGUAUUUCUUUAAAAGCCUAGUUUACCCUUUACAGAAAUAAAAAAAUUAAUUGAAGGACACGUAGACUUUUUACAGCUAGUCUAGCUCAAAUUGUAAUAUACAUUUAUAUUUUUAUUUUUAUUUUUUAUUGCCUAAAUUAAGUUAUAGAAUUUUUCAGUCAGCUAUUUUUGCCUAAAAGUUUAAAAUUCCUGAUCAAUUACUGGCAAUCCGAUUGAUUUGAGAGGUAAUUAAAACAUAGGGACAACCAUAAUAUCUUUCUUGUAUCUUCCUAUUCUUGCUUUCGUCAGAUGUCAGAAAGCAGACUUGUAAUUAUUAUUUUAUUAUUAUUUAAUUGUAUUUUCAAUUAUUAUUUAAAGAACUAACAUUUCUUUAUACAGCCACAGUUCUUUCCCUCAGGAUAUAUAUAUAUAUAUAUAUUAUAAUAUGGUAUAGUUUUAUGGGUUAAUGUGAGGAUUCUAAUAUAUUUAGUUAUUCUCUUACAAGAGAGAAAAUUGUUAAACUGAAUUUGCUGUUAUAGAAAUGGCAAACAAUAUAAAUUGACCACAAAAUUUAUAUAUAUAUAUAUAUUUUUUUUUGUGCAAAUUUGUAACUCACAGCUAUUUACUUAUUUUUCAGAAGUCACUUUGAAAAAAAUAAGCAAAGUGAUGAAAUAAUGAGUGCAGGUAGACUAACUAUACCGCAGCAAACUGAUGAUCUACACUUCAUGCAGGCUGAGGAUUGCAUGGGUGCGAUGCAAGUGGAAAGAGAGAGGAAUGGAGACAAGUCUAUGUAUCCCAUCACUACAGAGACGACUAUUGACAUUACAGCUGCAUUGCUGCCAUCUGGUGGAAAUUCUAGUCAUCACCAUGCCAGGAGAACAAUAGUCAGUGAAACUCAGCCUCCUCACCCAAAAAUAAAUGCUUCUUCACCAAAAUUUGAAGAUGAGAAGACUGGUUGCUCCCAGUCAAGACGCUCAAACUCUUCUGUUUUUUCUUUUGAUGAUGAUACAAAAUCCAGGAAGGAGUUUGCUAAAUUGACAGGUAAACCAGACAGCAAGGGAUCUUCUUCGGUAUCAGUAAUUGACAUCAACCAAUACUUAAUCAAAGCUAAUGGUGAAAGAAAGGGUGUCAGGAACCAAACUGUUACAUUCGAAGAUGUCAAAAAUGAGAUGAGGGUGAAUGAACAGACAGAAGAACAGGAUGACCUCUAUAAUUUCAAAUCUAGCCAUCGUGAGAUAGAUGACAAUUGUGAGAUUGUCCAGCAAAUAGAAAAUUCAGAGGAUUCAGUAAUAAAUGAGGAGAUCAGCUCAACAGUCAAACCAGUGUAUACAAUGAAUGAAAUGGAAGGAGGACAUUGUGGAACUGAACCAGCAGAAUUCAACACAGAAGAAACGUCUCUGUAUGUGUUUAUGGAAACUUAUGGAAGCCACAAUUUGCCUUUGGAAGUAUAUAAGGAGGAAACAUGUGAUACAUCCAUGCAAAUCGACAUGGAGAAGCUGAUGAUGAAAAUCCAUAGUCAAGAACCAUAUCAAACUACAAUAGGUUGUGAAGCAUCAGAUAAGAUUAUUGAUGAUCAGAUACUUAAAGAAGAUGAAACUUUGACAACUUCUGUGCAACAGCACACUUUUGAGCAGAUGAUGGAGGAUGAAAUACCAUUUCAUAAUAGAAAGGAAUCUAUUCAACCACCUAUACAAAACUUGGAUCAUGCCUUCAAGGGUACAAUGCAAAAAGAUCACCGGAAUCUAUCUAAAAAGUACUCACUGGAUCAUGGCAAUGAAGAUUUACCAAAUGUUGGAGAUUCAAAAUUACCUCUAACAUCAGCAGAUAACUCUGAAGACAACCACCCUCAGGUUCAAGUCAUACAGGAACUAAGUGAAGCAGCUCCACAAAAAGAGAGACAGAAUCCAAUUAAAAGUUUUGUACAAACUGACAAAAAAGAAAAUGCCAUUAAUUAUGAGACACUUGAAGUUUCUGAUGUGGAGUCACUUGAAACAUCUAUGCAAUGCCAAACGUUGGUUCAUGACACCCAAUGUGGCCACCAUAUGUCUAAUAAAACGGAAAAGUGUUGUGAACAAGCUGAACCAUUUAAAAGUAUUGACCAUUGUGAAGAAAAACCAUCUUUUUUUUUUAAAGAUACUGGACAACAGACACCAUUGCAGACUUACAAUUUAACUUUCACUUUCGAAACUGUAAGGUAUGAAGAUGCAGAGACUAAUAAGUCUGAAUUAUCACCAGAAAAAGGAAACAAACCAGGCACCGAUACUCAGAACUCGGAACCCAGAAAUACAGAUAACAUGGAAUUACAUAAAAAUGAAGUCACUGCUAUGAUUGGCGAAGACGUGGAGUCUACCCAAUUUGAUGACAAUGCAGUGCUUCAAUGUGAAGAGAGAAAUGUUCAGGAACGAAGCAGAACACAUGGGCCACCAAGCCAAUGUGUGCCUUUCACUCUGUUAGACAAACCAUCUGUGCAAGAUGAGUAUGGCAACAGGAUCAAAGAAAAUGGUGAUUCUGUAUUAGACGAACAGAGAAGAAUUUUCCUGGAUUCGUGUGGACGUGGUUUAAUCCUCUUAGACUCUGGGAUUGCCUUAUCUAAGAAGAAAAAGGAGAUAGACGGAGACUUUGCUUUGGUAACUAUGGUAAGUUUUGUACAAUAUAUAUGUCUGUCUAAGUUUGACUGUCAUGUCUGUUACUAGUGUAACAUCCAGAAGAGUGGCAGUAGACAGGACUGGAAGGCCUUCUGGUCCAGCCGUACUCUAUAAAGUCUUCCAUGAUCUUCCAUAUUGUCUCCACUGCCAAUGCUACCUACUUACCAGUGUUCUUCCAUUUCUUUCUCGUUACUCAAUGCUAUCUCUUUGCCCACCAGCUGUAUCCCAUUCUGUGCCCAGCAGCUUCUGUUUCCUCUUGUGUGCCCAUCAAUCAUUGCAUUUCCUUAUAUGCACACCAUCUGCUAUACCCCGGUUGGUACCCUGCUAUACACUCUAUCCAGUAAACCUUCUCCUGGCUUUGUUAUAUGCCCUGUAGCCUCCUACCACUUGCUACAUACCCUGGUACCCUGGACCCCUUCUAUGACUUCAAUGCAAAUAUCUUGUAAUUUUCUCUUUUUGCCCAACAUCUCCUACCGAGUAAGUUAUUCAGUGCCCAAAAGAACAAUCCUCAGCUCCACAUUAUAUGCCCAACUCCUUCUAUGCUCACUGUCCUUAUAACCUCACCCUUCCAUCUUUUACAAUAUUACUACUCCCACAAAACCCUGCACAGGCAUGUGAUCUCCUGGCCUCUUCUUUGUAUAGCCAUCUUUCCUGUUUAUGUCUUCCAUGCUGUCACGGUACUCACCACACCAGUAGUGCCCAACAGGGGGAUUUGAACCUGGGUCAUUUUCUGUCCUGGAUCUGCUAUACUGCCUUCAGCCACAGCAGUUCCUAUUCUUUGGAGUAGUUCUAUCCCUGUUCUACUUGGCUAUGUCUGCAGCACAGGGGGCUGGACUUCUUCUGUGGUCAUUGCCUGUGCUUCACCUGAGACAGAUUAGUCAUCAGCUGGGUAUAUAAGCCCUGUCUCGCCCUGGGAACGUUAUCAUGUCUUUGAUCCUGGUUUUUGUGUUCAGUUCCUGUUUUCAAGUCUCCUAAACUUGUAUUGACCCCAUAUUGACCCCGGCUUCUGACUUCGUUUAUCCUGAUCUCUGGCAUCCUUUGACUUCAGCUACACUUUGUUUAUCCUGAUUUCUGGCAUCCUUUGACUCUGGCUAUCCCUUGACUAUCUUGCUGUUUGUGACCUUGUCAGUACCGCAUUGGAAUCACCUUUCCUGCACAGCCCCCGUGCAAGAUUCACAGUCCAGGUGGCUUCUUACCUGACUGUGUCUAUCGGCAAGGGUGGGCAAACAUAUCUGCGCUUCAGACUCCCAUCUCAGGUAAGACUCUGACUCUUCAUUCCACUGUCUCUUUUAUGCCCCUUAUUUACCAUCCUUUCUCACUAUUAUUCUUACACUUGGCUACAAUCUCUACCGUCUCACUUUACAAAAAAAACACAUUUUCUUUUCCUCCAUGGCCUUUACGUAGGGUGCAGGCAGAUGUUAUAGAGCUUUGAAGUAAAAAAGUAAAAAAGAGAAAGAAGGUAUGGAGGUGUCAUGUGAUGUAACCCAUCCCUCCCACAAUGCGUCAGAGCACUGGGACAUUCAUAAACUUGAAAUUAGUUAUUUGUGAAGGGAACAAUGUUCCCGUAUCUUUCCAAGUGUUCCCACUUCACCAGAGGUUGCAAUGAGCCCUGUGUGUUUCACCUGAAGCACAGACAUAUGUUGCAUUCUGUUUUUAAAUCCUGAUUUCCCUUUUAUGACAGAGAAAUGGUUUCAAGCUUGGCAUGAAAAAUUCAGCUUCAAGUCUUUUCCUCUAUUAUCAUCAUGGAAUCCAUUUUUACGUCACAGAGUUAUUUGGGGAAGGCUGGUUUUAUGCAAAAGACAGGAUAACCCAAGCCAAUAUGAUUGUAAAAAAGGUAAGAUUCAAAUACAAUGGUGUUUCUUAUAUAAAGGAUUGUGAUAGUCUUGAUAUUGUUCAGUAAAGACUAGUUCCUUGAUACAUCGGUCGUUGUUAGUUAUAACUCAGCUUAGCAUGUUUCAGUAAUUUUACCGGUCACCCGGUGUCAUAUGAAGUUUUAUUGAAUUAGACUGGGCUGUAUAUUUUUAAAACCAUCAAUUAGUAGCUUUUCAUUAUCAGUUGUUGCAUUAAAUUAUCCACAAAUAUAACGUUGCAUUGUGAGAUUUUCCAGAGGUUACUUUGGAUAUUAUGCAAUACACUUGGAAACUUUACAGAAUUGACUGAUAAAUUUCACGUUUCAAGCAAAAUAACUGAAAUGGAAAACUUUUUUAAAUUCAUCUUUUUUUUACAGCUUGGGUGUGUUUGUUGAAAUUUAAUUUCGUUGUCUGUUCUUUUUAAUUACUGCUAUAGUGAAUAUAUCCUUACAGGUUCCUCUUGGGCCUGGACUGACCAGUACACUAAAUGUCCAAUAGUCAGCGAUAUUUACAGGCCACAGCCUUAUAAUAAUUAUAGUUUCCUAUAUAUACACAGUAAUUUAGGUUUGGAAAAGACUCAAGACCAUUGAGUUCAACCUGUAAAACAAAUCUUUAAGCAGUUCAUCCCAAAAAAGUAAAACAUUUAAGCGAUUACCAAUUGUGCCACAAAAAGGGAAAAAUUCCUUCUUGAUGCCAUAAUGGCAAUCGGGUUCUCAUCAACAACCUGUUCACAUACAUAUUAAUAUAUAGUGCUGUCAUGUUCCCUAUAAAGAAAACAAAUGUAAUUUUCUAUACAUUCCUUAUAACUAAUGUUUUCCAUCCCUCUUAUUAAUUUUGUAGCUUGCCUUAAACUUUUUUUGGUCAGUAAUAUCCUUCUUUAAAACUGAUACCCAUAUUUAAGGUGAGGUCUUACUAUAGAUUUACAAAGAGAUAAAAUUAUUGAGCAUGUGAAUCAAUACCAUUAUACAUGACAGCACCUUACUCACCUUUGCAACAGCAGGCCAGCAUUGCUCACUGUUGACUAGUUUAUCUAUAAUUGUUCCCAACUCCUUUUAAUUAAAUCUUAUCCCUAGAUCAACCCCAUUAAAUGUAUAUAUUGCUUGUGAGUUCCUUAUUCCAAUAUGAUUGGCUUUACAUUUGUUUGUAUUGAAUCCCAUUACCCCCUUGCCUCUCCAGCCUCUCUGUAGAAAAGUGAUAGCAUGUUUUGUGAUGUCUGCAAACACGGACAAAUAACUUUCAAUGCCCACUUCAAGAUCAUUUAUAAACAGAUUAAAGAGAAGUGCACCCAGGACAGAACCACGAGGCACUCCACUUACCACUUUUGUCCAAUUUUAAAAAGUUCCAUUUAUACGUACUCUCAGCACUCUAUCUUUAAGCCAUUGUUCUAUUGAGAAUAUUGCAUUGUAUUGCAAUGGAUUUCCAUUUUCAUAGUAAUCUUUCGUAUGAAACAGUUUCAAAUGUCUUUGCCAAUGCCGUGUAGUCUAGAUCACAUCUAUUGGAUCAUCCUGACCUAUAUUUCUGCUAACUUCGUUUAGUUAGUUUGGCAUGACCUGUCUUCCAUAAAACCAUGUUGAUUUCUGCGAAAGAUAUAAUUGUUCAAAAUUAAUUCUGGUACUGACUUAUGGAACAAAUACUAAUAGGGGUGCUCAAAAGGUAAAGCUACAGUUGUUGCAGAACUACAACCUCCUUGAUGCUCUGACAGUUUUAACACUACCAGAGCCUGAUGGGAGUAGUAGCUCUGCAGCAGAACGGGUCUAUGUUUUGGGCACCCUCUGGUCUUUACUGAUCAUGAAUUCUAUUUGUCUGGCUACUCACCUGUCCAUGUCGACUAUGCACAGGUUAAUGAAUGAGCCCUGGGUCAUUCAUUAACCCGUGUCCCUCAGUUUGGUGCCUGGGACAAGGGGGCAAUAGGGACAACUGAACACGGCGGAUUCUAGUUUCUGCGGCUUUCAAACUUCGACAAAACUUCUAGCAUACGGUUUACCUCAUAAUUGGCAUCAUAAAUUGCAAACACAGGAAAAUUUAGAAGAAAAGGACAAACAACUCUAUUUGGCUUCCUUUAUUUAAAAUUAUUGCUCAAAUUCAUCUUUUUUACCCUCCUCCUCCAUAACCACAUCUCCCUGCUGCAUUUCCCUAAUCAUGAUAAAUUCAUGUCAUAUUCUCUCCCUUUCUCCAGCUCUGUAUCUCUGAAAGGAACUUUCUUCUCUCCCUGCACGUCUCAGCAGCCAUUUGGCUGUUUGCCGUGAUUAUUUCUUUAAAAUAUAUACUCAUGAAUAUUAAGCACCGCUAUUAAACAGCAAAGCAGCUGACAGAUUCUACGCUAAUGUAGACCAUCAUUUCUCGAUAUUCUCAAGCCCAACGGGAGUAUGGCAGGUUGAGGGGGAGGGAACAUUUGUAAUUAACAUUUCAGAUACUCGGGCUAACUCCUGAUUAUGGCUGUCCUUUGAAUUCUUUUUUUAAUGCUGAUUAAAAAUGGACACUAUCGUGGUUCUUAUAGAUUACCAGAAGUAAAAGAUAGAGUCGCUAUUGUUACAGUUAUACAGAGAUUAAAAUCUGUUGCUAUGUUUCUAUCCCUCUCCCCCCCUCAGUACUCUGUUUAGGGAUCCUGUGAUAAUUUUGCAGCAUGCACUUACCCCUUACACUUAUCUUUGACAUAGCUAUCUCUCAUCCUCAGAAAUAGAGUCAAGCUAUGGUUACAAGGCUGCAUGGUCAGGAGCUCUGCACAUUUUUAUUAGCCGCCUGGUUCUACAAAACUGUGUGAUUGCUGCGAUUGCUUUAUAAAGCAGGUCCAUACAUUCCAUGUGAUGAUUGGACCUGCUGGGCAAGAAGCUGUUUAUUCCUGCUGAAAACUGUAUCUCAGAGAGCAAUGGUUCCUGAUUGGUGGAGCCACUUCCUAGUGAAGAGGUUUCUUACCUAAGCUCUCCAGUUUCCGCAUCAUGACAACUAUUUGUAAAACGUCAAUUUUACCCAAUUAGUCCCUUCAAGGUAUCUGUAAAGAAAUUAUUCCACCCAAACGUCCUACUUGGAAAAUGCUGCCUUGGGUGCAUUAACAUCCAGCAUUUUACAUCAUACAGGUAUAAUUAGUGUGAUUCCUAACCCGUUCCUGACUUUUGACCUGAAUAUUUAUAUGAUUAUAUGCAAAUAGGUAUCUGUGUUCAUAGUUCCUCUAUCCAUAUUUAUUUUGUUACCCAUUUGAUUACAGAUAAAGACAAGGUCUACUUGGACUAGCGUUUAGACUUAGCUUGGUAUAUAGAGAGAGAUAAUAAGCUAUAAAGAUUUAUCUAAUUUAAAAUGGCCUUAGACCAGUUACAAAUUCAAUCUAUUUUACAGUUUAGUUUAUCUAAUAAUUCUAUAUUAUAUAAUGGUAUUUACAGGUUAACACAUAUGUAUGUUUUAAAAUAUAUCGCCUCCGCUGAAUUCCAUAGCGUGCAACCAUCCUAAUAACUGCUUGUCACGGAAACCCAUUAUUUACCCUUUGCUCAUUACAAUUUCUCCCCUUUGUUGUGGACGCUGCAUUUAGAGAAAGAAUAAAGAGAAUAAGGUAGGUUUAUUAAAUAGUUCUAAUUACGUCUACGGAUUUUGAUUGGACGUACUGAAAACAAAGAUCUUCUGCAAACUGUUUACACUAUAGGAGCCGCACUGUUUAUAAUGCUUAGACUGUUCUUUUAAUGUCCUGAUUGAUUCUGAUAGACUUUUUAAUCAUGGCUACAAAAAUCUGAUCCAGGAUCCCUGAGCUCUAAUGCUGUCUUGUUGGCAGAGGUAUUGCUAAAGCAGUAGCUUUAGUUGGGGGGCUCUCAAGCUAGUGUUGCAGCAGGACAAAGCAGAGGGAUAUGCACAUCUGAUGCCACAGAUCACCCUCCUCCUUUGGAGAAAAAAAGUAAUAUAUUUUGUUGUUACUUCCUGGUUUGUUUGGCUCAGGGGAGCUCAACUCGAGAGACAGCAAUUGCCCAGAGCACCUGCCUUGUAAAAACUUCUCAUUGAGCUGCAUUGGGAAGUCUGUGAUUGGAAAUCCAUACAAAGCCUGGACAGCGGUUAGAAGGUCCAUAAUAUAACCAUCCAGCCGUGUCUACAGGUUGAGCCCUAGGCAGCUUCUGGGUGAUUGCCACCAGCCAACGUGACCAGAGGUUAUAGUGAAAACCGGACCAGGUAAUAUGGGGAAAGAGGAAGCCGAUGGGAUCUGACUUUAAAAAAAUAUGACUAACUGAAAGAACACGUGACUUGAAACAGCAAGCGGACUUCAAGAAGAAGACAAGGAACAAAGAACAACAAAGUAGGGCUUGGCAUUACGGUGGGAUCUGGCAACAGUUCUAAGAAGAGGAAGUAGUUAUAGUUAGAACUAGACAACAGGGAAAUUAGACCUAGGUGUGGUCUACUACUUGGAUUCUUGUAACAGUCUAAACAGACGGGCAUGACCAGUGACUCAAACAGGCCACGUAUGACAAGCUACGCAAUGUAGAUACCUUAAAUAAACACUCUAUCCAGACCCGCAAAGCACUUUAGCUUCCUGAAGUUCUUUAUGUGUAAAGAGUGUCCUUAUUUUCAUUUUACAAAAAGUGCAGAUUCCCAUAGAAAUUGGCACUUUUCUAAAUUAUCCAUAUUACACCCUUGGCUGUUAGACAACCAGUCCUGUUACCUCUUGGUCAGCUAAACUCAAGAGGCAGCUAUUGCUCAGGGCACCUGCCUUGCUAAAGAUUUCUCAUUGAGCUCCAUUGGGAAGUCUGUGAUUGGACAGCCACAGAAUGUCUGGGCGGGGUUAGAAGGGGAGGACUUGCAAAGGAUGCAGACAAGAGAUCUACAGCUUUUUUUUUUUAUAUACUCCCAAUGAAAACAUAUACAAUUACAUGCAUGCAUAUUUUCAUUGGAGUUAUAUCUACUAAAUAGUGAUUUUAUUUGACAUUUUUUUUUGUAUUUGGGCAGAGUAAGAGUAUGAUGUGAGAAUCGGAAAUAUAUACAGCAACACCUGUUUUAUGGCAAGAUAUUUGACAUUUUCUACUUUAAUGAAAUUGACUAAAGAAUUUUUUAAUAUUCCGAAUGUACUUUAUUUUAUAGUGUUAUAUUUCAGUAAUUGGUGAUUUAGUUGUUUGGUUUUUCUAGGUUCCGGUUACCAUUGAUUGGAUGAAAAUACAGCAAAAUUUCCUGACCAUCCCUAAUUACUGUGGGCUCCUUGUCCCAUACGCUGUAAUCUAUGAUAGAAAUGGAUUCAUAUACUUCCUUAUGGAACACAAAAAUGUUCUAGGUAAUUUUCUCAAUAAAGUAAUAUAUUCUAUCUAAAUGCUUUGGUUGUAUCAAUUUUAAAACCCUGACCAAUGUACAUUUGAUAAUUUGGUCCUUCAGUUUAGAUCUGGAUAAAAAGGUGUUAAGAUAAUUUGUUAAUUAAUUUAUUUUGGUUUUCAAUAAUAACAGGGACAGUAAGUGGUGGAAUAUAGUGCAGGUAUUAAGACACACAUACCAUUAGAGGUACAUCUCUCACUGCCGCUCAGUAAAGGAGGGUUUGGAACAAAUAUCAUGGGAUGCCAAUACUGCAUUUAUGUCCAGCAAUGAUUAGCUACAAAAUUACCAUAGUUUAUGAAUUGCCUAGAUUUUUUUCACUGCUGACAUAAUCUCAAUGUGUUCUCUAGAAAUUGUAUGAGUCACAUGUUGUUACUGUAUUUUGAUUUCUACUUUUUCUGUUCCAUUUGCAGCGGUUGGCAGACCACCUGUGGAUUGUCAUUUUAGUAAGGUAGAACUGCUGAGUGAUGUCCUAACCUACCUGAAAUUCUGCUGGUGUUACAACCUAAUUCCAGAAAACAUCGAAGAGAGCAUGUUACACACAGAGGAGGUGAAUAUCUCUGCUUAGGAGAAUACCCAAUUCAUUUCACGUUACCAGAAUGUGAUAACUAAUUAGCAGACAGAUGUUCAAUUCAAAGUAUUUUAUAUAUUAAACAUUAAUUGUAACCAUACUCUUACCUCUAAAGAUUCCGUCCACAGAACUUAGAAGGUCAAAAGAAACAAGUUGGGUUUUAAAGAUUAAAUCACAAUAUUUUUCCUAUUCUAACCUUUGAAUUUGAACUUUAAAUUUUAAUAACUAUUAAUUUAUUACUUUUUGAUAAACAAUUCAGUAUUUCGAAGAUGAAACAUCACAUACCCUAUGUUCACACACUGCAAUUGUGGCAUAAAACAGGUUUUCUUUAAACGUUACAGACGCCCACACCACUUCAUCUCAAUCAAGCGGUCCUUUAGUUUUAACCCCACAAUGGAAAACAUUAAAGUUUUUCAGUUACUCCACAGGCUUUUUCACUGAGCUUUAUGAUGGCAAUGUCUGCUAAAGUCUCUUGUAUGAAGUUAACCAUACAUGGACAAUUGCUCAUUCACAUAGAAAGUGAGACUUGUUGCAAGGAUAUGUGUUUUAAUUUAUAUUUAAUUUUUGUCCCCAGGGAGUUUUCUUUGAUCCUAGCGGGCUCUCGAAUUCUGAAGAUCCAUGUAUCUUUAAGAAGCAUAUAAAACAGAUGCUCGGGCUGCUCCUGUGCGGCGAUGACCAGGUAUACAACGUAUACAAACGGAAUAAACAUUUAUUCACUAAAGCAGGGCUAGGCAAUCUUUGGCACUCCAGAUGUUUUGGAGCACAUCUACGAUAAUGUUCUUACAGCUGGCAAAGCAUCAUGGGAGAUGUAGUCCACAACAUAUGGAGUGCCAAAGGUUGCACUCCUCUAUGAGGAGAUGCUAACUGACCAGGGGGCGGCGUAUGGUUGCGCCCACAGCCUACCUCAUUGACUGAGAUUAUCAGAAUUGACAAUCUCUGUCAAAUCGAAUGCUUUCCUAUGGGAAAGCAUUGUGAUUGGCUGAGAUCACCACUUCUAAUGAUGUCAGCCAAGGUGGCAGAUCAGGGGCAGAACAGAACCCGCAGACUGGAAUAAAGGUAACAUUUUACUAUAUUUAUGGAAGAACGAGGACCCAAAUGGUGUUUUAACACUAUAGCAUCAGGAAUACAUGUUUGUCUUCUUGACCUUAUGGUGUUCCUUUAAUUUAAUUACUGUUGACCAGUUUUUUGGUGAUUAAAAUCUGCUUAACUGUUUUUAGUUCUUACAUUUUAGAGAUACUGUAUUUGCACUAACCGCAGACAAAUGCUUAUAUGCAAGCCCAAUUGGUAUCUGCAUUAUAGGGGAGCAGUAUGCAGGGUUUCCAUCUUAUAUUUCUAAAUUAUACCAUGUAGCAGGGCUCACCUACUAUAAUCGAGUCGGAUUAUAUCUUUAACUUGUCUUCUAUUAUAGGAACAAUGUUAUCUCGAAGCAUUGACUGAGGAAGCAUUUAAGUGCCUAGAGGAAAAUGCUGUGGAUUCCAUUGAUCGUUGGCUAGCAAGAUUCUUCUCUUUGUUGUAGAUGGGUAUUACGGUUAAACAACAAAUAUACUUUUUUUUUUCCCCACAAUAGCAAAAUCCCAAAGCGUUAUCACGCACCCGCGCUCUCAUGACUGGUACUGUAUCUAUUUCCUGAAUGGUGAACUGAGAUUCAUGAGAAAUCCUUCUUAGUGAAUUUUAACGUGGUGUUCUCCAUUGCAUGUACGUUAGCCAUCAUUGGUAGACGUCAAAACGAAAUAAAUAAUUAAUUCGCUAAAAUCAGAAUUGUCUGGAAUUCAAAGUGAAUUUCAAAUUAAGGUAAAAAAAAGCGGAACAGGGAGCAUAGGUAUUGGAGAUUGGCUAGUUUGAUCAUUUUGGCUUGUUUUAAAUUCCCGACAUUCUGAAUUUAGUGAAUAAGUCUGUAAAACUUGCAAACUCCUGGAUCGACAUACCCUCAAUUAUCUAGUUCUUAAAUUCUACAGAAGGCUAGCAACCUACCUGAGCAGGCUCCAUCAUCUACAGUAGAUCCUCUGUCUCCCCGUUUCAAAAGUCCAUCUCCUAUAUUUUCUUCAAAAAAGAAGUGGUCACAGACAGAGUUCCACAAACAUGCAAUAACCUUCAGGAAUUAUGAACUCGGUCACCAACUUCUUGUCCCUUAAAACAUCUGCCUCGUUGUAUCCUCAAUCAAAAAGCUGAUACAGUACCUGUUAAUGUGAAACUGUGUUAGGGUCAUGAUAAAGGUAUAUCACUGUGGAACGUAUCUGAAAGCACGACAAAUCACAAUAUAUUUUUUCUAACCAGCUUCUAAGUGUAUAGUCUGUUUAAGCAGCAGUGUCCAAUGUUAGCAGAUCUGGCUUUUAUAUUCGUCGUGCCUCUUCUUCCUGUUGUUCUAUUUGGUAUCAUUCAAUGUUUAAACAAGAACGUUCCUUUAAAAUAAAUCCAAAGAAGGAAGAAGAUUAUGCAAAAAUGACUUAUCUUUCCAUUGGAGUCAGCCAUUUUUUCAGAAAGAUGAACAUUUGAAUAUUGAAAAAUAUUUUUUUUUCCCCAUUUUUUUUACUCCACAGCUUUGUCUCUCGUUUUGGCAUAAGGUUGUCCAAGACACAUUGUAAUAAUGAAUUUAUACAACUGAAUGGUUGUCUUGCCUCGCUAAAACCAUAAACCUUUUUUAAAUUUGAUCCAGAGGCUAUUUAUGGAUUAAAAUUCCCAGAAAAACGUGUUGGCCACGAGCAGGUGACUAGAGUCCGUAGGAGUUGUUGUCCUCUAACAUUUCUGAUCCAUAUUGGACUAUAACUGGAACUACAAAUGAGUAUAUUCACAAAAGUGUGGAGUUCACACAGAAUUUCAAAUUCUAAGCCAAAAUAGCUGACUUGCGGAAUUUGUGCCAAGUUUGCCAAUUCUAACCUAAAGUUUGAAAUUCUCUUUGUUCCCCCGACAACUAACACCCUGUUAAAGACAUUUGAUGGGUCUUUGUAGAGAAUUUCAGCUGUAGUCUAACAACAUCUGAGGGGAUCGCAGUUCAAAGAACCACCUGGAUUGGAGUGUAAGCUCUUGUGAGCAGUUUUUUUUUUAACUAUCUCAGGAGUGUACAUUUGUGUCCAUUGCUGCUUGCUUUUGUAUUUUUCUACUUCAGAGUUCAUGGGUCAUUUUUAGAUUGUAAAACUUUAUAAUAAAUUAUAUAUAUAUAUAUAAAAAAAAAAUACAUUUUGAAUGUAACAGUUUUAUGAAAACCUUAGAACCCUGCAGAAGGCGGCAAUGAGUGUGGGAUUAAAUGAGGAAUGGGGGUAGAAUAGGUCAGAUAAGGGAUGUUAUGUAGAGGCUACGGUAGCUCUGUCUAAAUAAUAAGCGCUGGGCAUUACACACAUCAUUCACAUCUGCAUGUCUGCUUUGGAUAAUUACACAUCAUUUGAUAAAUUUGCAUUAUAUAAAAUGUUUUUUGGGGUAAGACUACCAAUAUUAAUGCUUGCUUUUACGGGGUCUUUUUGUACUGCUUAUAUUUACUUCUGUAAUGCUCAAAUAAAACCACUAUGCACAUCUACUCAUUUUUUUCAUAAUUAAUGCUGGUUAUAUAUUAGGAAGAUGUUGAAAUAUAAAAAAAAAUAUUUUUGGUCCAAUCCAUAGUCAGGACACAAGACAGCUUUAAUUAACUUUUAUCAACUUUAUAGCCAUGCAGUCACAUUAUAAAAAAAAGGAAAGUGAUACUUACAGAAAAAAAAUUAAAUUUGUUUUACACUUGAAAUGCUUUGCAAUGAAUUACCAGCUGAGG